CGAACGUGCUACAAGUGGUAGUGCACCCGAAAGGGCAAAGGAUACACGAUAAGUCAUUCACCAGACCUUCCUGAAUUCAGAACGCAAUGCCCACAGCUGCGAUUACUUGCAUGCAUAACAUGCUGGGUCCAUCAUCCCGUUGUACCAUGGCCACUCAGUGUUUGCUCGUGAAAGCCUAGGAGCGGGCCAUGAUGUCGCUUUACCGCAAAAGUCUGCCGAGUUGAUACCCGCCUUGGUUGCGUUGUCUGAUGUUCGCCGAAUGGUCCCUGGCACGAGUCGAGUUCAUCGUAGGACGCAAUACACGGAUACGGUCAUAUUGUGCCGACGGACGCGAAAACGUGCGACUCGGCGCCACAAAACUUCAAACCAGGGCUGGGCCAUAUGUAUGAUACGCUCCGAAGGACCUUCUUCCCGGCUGAACCACUUCUAGCGAUAACCGCAACCGACGGACGGGUCAUCCUCGUCUUCUGCCAUGCCGAUGGCUUUCGGGAUUCGCGCCCCACAGCGGUAUCCGGUCUGUACAUGCAAUCAGACCAUCUCUACCCAGACGAAGAUACUUCCUGCAAUAGCCGGCGCGGAUCCGCGGAGCCGCCCCGAGAGACCCUGUGCACAAGAAGCCAUUCGAGGAUUCGGUCAUUUGCAUCCGGCGGGAUUCCUUGCCCCGUAUAUUGAGGGCGUAUCCCGAGAUGCCACCUGGCGAAGUCGUGUGAGCACAAGAAAAUCGAACGUUCCUUUAACCUUUUAUUCAGCAGGUGUACCCACGGAGAUCGGUCUCGGGUUCACGGAUGCCCCCAUUGUGGAGUUCGAAGACGAGCUGCAAAGUGCAACGACAUUACAGGAUAUUAUAGUUCCGGAUUCAUUUAUGUCUGACCCGAGGGAAUCCAUGAACUGUCGACCAUAAGGAACGCCAGGUAGAGAAUACUAUCUCCACGAGGACGCGCAUCAACUUCGCUUUCGAUCUUAGGAAAGGCAAUUGAUCUCGCAUAGGGAGUUGCAUGAACCACGAUAUGCAUCGGCCUUUCCCGUAUUGAGAGGUGAGUAACAG